AUGGAUAAACAGCUUGAAGACUAUUCCGUUUUGUUGUUACAGGUUUUCGACAAACACAACCGUGGUUACAUCAGCGCCUCCGACCUGCGUGCCGUUCUCCAGUGCCUCGGCGAGGACCUGUCCGAAGAAGAAAUCGAGGACAUGAUCAAGGAGGUGGACGUGGACGGCGACGGUCGCAUCGACUUCUACGAGUUCGUGAACGCCCUGGGGGAGCCGGGCGAGGAGUCGGACGUGGAGGCGGAGGACGAGGACGGCGCGGACGGCGAGUGCUCCCCGCCACCCAGCGCCGGCGUCCCCGAGCGCACCGCCGUCCCCGUGUGAGACGCCCCGCCCCUCGUCAGCCACGACCAGACCCGACAAGGAAAACGCCGCUCGAGCAAUCACAUCGUCAUCACGCAAUUACACAUUGUUUUGGCAUCUCUCCAGACAGGGUUGUCGGAAGCGUGCUAAAAAAGGAUGGAUUCAGGAAACCCAUCUUCCUGGCAGCAUGUGCAGCACCCUCCAGCUGAACACCGAAAAGCAAAUUCUUUGAAUCAUAAUCAUGUUAUGUAAAAUUACCUUGAUUUUCCUGCACAAUUAAAAUACACUUUCUCAAUUUCUACAAGAGGCAAAUUCCUGCUCUAAUGUUCGUUCCAUCUCCUAAUACAGCUUUCGAAGUUCCUGGCUUCUGGAGAGAUUUGUAGUACAUUACUAGGAAUUUUUGCGAGAAACAAUUCUAUUCAAAUCAUAUUUAUUAAGUUGAAAUUGCAAUUUCAAAAUCAAUAACAAUAUUAGUACUCACUAAUUCAAAUGUUGUAACCUUCUUAGUCUGUCAAGGUUUUGCUAUUUAAUUUGUUAUUAAGAUCUCUCUCUCCCUCUCUAUUCACUUGUAAAACGAGGAUAUUUGUUUUUGAAAUUAGCACUUCAUAAACUUUAAAGUUAAAUUAUAUCUGAAAAGUAGGCCUAUAUUAACAUUCUAUUUGUAUGUAUUUAAAACCAGAAAUGACUCGUGUUUCAUAGAACAACAAAUGAAAUCGAGAUAUUCAUAAUUGGAAUUUGGAGGCUCAAUAGUCAAUUUUAAAAUCUAGGUGUGGAUGUUAUUACUCUCAGUUACUGAAAGAAUCACGUUAAAAAAAAGGUUGUCCUCGUUAUAACUACUUUCUUCUGUAGCAAUUUUAAAGUUUCAAUUUAUGCAUCUUGGAAGUAAACAAAUCAAAAUGCUGAUGAUCUUGAUAAGAUUUUCAAACCACACUAGACGUUCACUAUUGAUAAUGGAAAAAUUGCAAUGCAAUGAAAUGUAUAUCAAGAACAAAAUUUGGACUGAAUAUUUGGUUCAGCAGAAAUGUCAUAUUUUUUAGUAAAAUUUGUAAUGAGUUUGGUGGUAAAAAUAAAUCAGAAUACUUAUUAAGAGGUAAAUAGUUACCAGAAAACGCAUCUAUUGCACUGUCGGGUUUGAAUUACAUCAGAUGAAAGCAGUAGUGCAGAGGUCAAAGGCAGACGAAUUUUCUUCCUGCCCCCUACCCUCCACCCUGACAAUCCACCGCCCAAGGUGGAAAAUAAAAAAAAAUGGACGCUUCUUCCUAUCUACAGAGAUUUAUAUAAAAGAUCUCUCUCAUUCCUCAACAUUUGUGGAAAUAUAUGCAUGCCCAAUUAGAAAUGGUUCUGUUCUUAUUCAGAUGUGUAGAGAAUUCUCAAGUACUCUUCAUUAUGAAGAACAAAAGAAACUUCAAAAUUUGCAAAUUAAAUUUGUAGAUCUGCUUUUACUUCUACUCAACAAAAAUGACAGGUUUUGGCUUAACUGAAAUAAGCACAAUAGGGUAUGCAUAUAACAAUUACCACAGCUUCAUUUACAUACAUAUCAUUUGUUACAAAUGUCAUUUUGCAUCAUAGUCAAAAUUCUUGUCAGAAGUAGAUUGGAAACUUGAUGUAUAUAUGAAUAUCUUUUACAUAGUAGUAUACAAUACAAAUCCAGUUUUAUGAUUUCUUUCCUCCCUUGAUUUUCUUACUAGGAAUCAUAUAACUGAUUUAUGGAUAAACUUCUGUGUGUAGUAAAUCAUUUUUACCUUUAUUCCUCUAAAAAUUCAAAAUUCCUCAAGGGAUAUUGCAUCGUGACAUGGCUAAAUGGCCAAUUUUUUAUGGAAACAUUCUGCAUUUAACUUGAUCAAAAUGUCAUUUAUUAAACUAAAUAUAUUGUCACUGUCCCAUGGGAAACAGAGAUAUGUAAACACCAUAACCAAAAAAGAUCAUAAACUAACAAAUACAAGUUUAACACAUUUCUCUGAAGAAAACAUGAGACUGGUAGAAUGUCAGAAAGCCCUGUCUUGAGCAUUUCCCUCUAUUGGGAAACAGGAUGGAACAUUGUUUUUAAUAAAUUUUUGUCCCAAUAAAACUGGUGUAGAGAUCCAAAUAAAUUGCCCGCUUAAAUUAUUAUGAAAUUAUAGUUGUGUCACUGUUUACUGAUUGAUCAUAGAAAACAUUUUUUGAUGAGAAUUAGAGCUUUUUAUCAAACUACAAUUAUAUGACUGUCAAGACUUAUACAUAAGGCUUGAUGAAUAUGCAUUUAUUCAUAAGUCACGUCUUCAAUUUUCAAAAAUUAGGAAUUCAUGUCAACAUGUUCAUGACAUCUGCUUAACUCUUGACUGUUUUACGCUGAGUAAUAAGCUCGUGAAUUGGGCUUUUUUUCAUAAAUAGUUUGACAUACUCAGAAAAAAGAUAUGUAUCAUUUAAAUUAACUAUCCCAGUUAUUUUUAUAAGAACUUAAGCUUUAAAUACAUGCAUGCCAUAUCUGUGUGUUGAAAGUAUUGAUUUUUGUAUUAUUACUAAUUUUAUGUGGAUGAAACAAAUAAUGCAAACACAAUUUCUGUAAGUUAUUAGUAAAUACUUCAAUAUGAUGAAAG